AUGUUCACUCUUGAGCCUGCUUUAGACAUCCCCUCCGACUCGGAGUCGUUGCUUCGCAGUCAUACAAAGGAGGCCAUUGUCGUUACCGAGACAUCCUACUUGAAUGAUGAUAUACAAGACACAUCUGGGCCCUCUAGUGAUGUCACUAUCGAAGACAAUACAGUAUGCAUUGUUGGCAUGGCUUGCCAUCUCCCUGGUGGAAUCACCUCACCAUCGGGGCUUUGGGACCAUGUUUACAACAAGAAAUCUGCCCAGGGUACUGUGCCUCUGGACAGGUACAACAUUGAGGGUUUCUACCACAAGGAUGGCACCAGAGCUGGUGCCAUGAGCGUUGACGGUGGGUAUUUUAUUCAAGAAGAUGUCCGCAAGUUUGACCCUUCAUUCUUUGGCAUCAACAACCUCGAGGCUUCUUUCAUGGAUCCCCAGCAGCGAAAGCUGCUUGAAGUGGUCUAUGAAUGCUUUGAGAAUGCCGGUCUAUCUAUGGAAGAUGUCUCUGGCUCCAACACGGCAGUGUUUGUCGGCAACUUUACGGUGGACUAUUCGGUCAUGCAAUCUCGGGAUACAGAUUAUGUUCAUCGACUAGCGGCUACGGGUGGUGGUACAUCUAUCAUGUCGAACCGUAUUAGCCAUGUGUUCAAUCUCCAUGGCCCAAGUUUCACACUUGAUACCGCUUGCUCAUCCACCAUCUACGCUCUCCACCAGGCUGUGAAUGCCAUCAAGAAUGGCGAUUGCGACGCUGCCAUUGUUGCAGGCGCCAAUCUGAUUACAUCUCCCGAGCAACAUUUUGGAACAGCAAAGGGCGGCUUUCUUUCGCCAACUUCGGCCUGUCACACAUUUGACACUUCAGCAGAUGGUUAUGCUCGAGCAGAGGCGCUCAAUGCCAUCUAUAUCACGAGGCUUUCAUCUGCGAUGAAGAGUGACCGCAAGGUGCACGCAGUCAUUCGCGGAACGGCAAUUAACGCAAAUGGCAAAACUCCCGGUAUCACUCUCCCUGAUGCCAAAAUGCAGGCAGCGGUCAUUAGAAAGGCAUACGAGAAUGCUGGCCUUUCGUUUUCUGACACAGAUUAUGUUGAGUGCCAUGGUACCGGCACUCCAGUCGGUGAUCCUAUAGAAGUGAAUGGUAUCGCGGCCUGCUUCGCGGGCCGCGAGGGUGAGCCAUUGAGGAUCGGAUCAGUGAAAACAAACAUGGGCCAUAGUGAAGCUGCUAGCGGGUUGACAUCCAUCAUCAAGGUUGCUCUCGCGUUUGAGCAUGGCGUGAUUCCACCUACCUAUGGUGUGAAGAACUUGAACCCCAAGUUAAAACUAAAGGAGCGUAACAUGAAAGUGUUGACAGAAGUUGAGGCAUGGCCCAGAGCACUUCGACGUGCUGGCGUCAACUCCUUCGGCUACGGUGGUGCGAACGGCCAUGUUAUCCUCGAAACACUGUCGAAUCCCUAUGAGUCGGAUAAAGACCAAGUUUUCGUGCUCCCCUUUUCCGCCUCAUCAACCAAAUCGCUAGAAGCCCGCCGCAAACAAGCUAUUGAGGCGAUGGAAAAAUCUGAAGUAAACGCUUUGAAGCCGCUCGCUGCUGCUAUGAGUAAACGACAUACCAAGAUGCGCCUCAGAGACUAUGUACUUGCUUCUGCUAACCCCAGUUCUCAGCCAACGCUGGUCGAGAUAGCUGAUGUCGGUAACAAAGCAAGCCCAGGCACGCAACCUCUGCCAAUUGCCUUUGUCUUCACUGGCCAGGGUGCACAGUAUGCCAACAUGGCCAAAGAGCUCAUUGAGCAAGAUUUCGGUUUCCUAGCCAACGUUCGGGAUCUCGACGAGGUUUUGCAGGGGCUGCCCUCUGAAUACAAGCCAUCUUGGACUUUAGAGCAAACGCUUCUUGAUAAGCCUGCUACAAGCAAGAUCAACGAUGUCACCCGCAGCCAGCCAAUUUGCACCGCCAUCCAGAUCGCUCUUGUUAAUAUGCUGCGAAGCUGGGGAAUCGCUCCAUCGGCUGUUAUUGGUCACUCUUCUGGGGAGAUUGCCGCAACAUACGGAGUUGGGCUGCUUACUGCGUCUGAGGCCAUCCUAGCAGCCUAUUUCCGAGGCUUUGCUGUUGGCCAGCUACAAUCUCGCGGCGCCAUGAUGGCAGCAGGAAUCACUCCAGAUAGUGCUAACGUCUUGAUUGAGCAGCUUGAGCUGAAGGAAGUGCGCGUUGCUUGUGUAAAUGCUCCUGAGAGUGUUACUCUGAGUGGCACUUCCAAGGACAUUGAUACCCUUCAAACUGAGCUGCAAAAAGAGGGGAAGUUUGUUCGCAAGCUUGAAACUGGCGGCCGUGCUUAUCACUCCCACAUGAUGGCUGAGAUUGGUGAUUUAUACGAGUCACUGGUUACUCCUUACUUCACCAGCAAGACGGUCGCUGAAAUGGAAGCCAAGAUGUUCUCAACUGUUGGCUAUUCUGCUGAUGCCCUUAGCACUAUUGACCUUUCUACAAACAUGGCAUCGUACUUCCGGAAGAACCUUGAGCAACCAGUUCAGUUCAGCGCGGGUUUAACCAACAUGAUCACCAGUGAUAAAUAUCACUUAAUUGAAGUCGGCCCUCAUUCGGCUCUCAAAGGCCCUAUUCAACAGAUCCGAACCAGUGCCAAGCUCGAUAAGGAUACCAUUCCCUACUCUCCCACACUUGUCAGAAAAGAAAAUGCUUACAUCUGCUUGAAGAAGCUCGCGGGUACUCUCUUCUCCUAUGGCCACAGCUUGGAUUGGUACGCCAUCAACAAUGUCCCGCGAUAUCGUGCGCUGCCUACUCCACCCCUUGCCUCUUAUCCUUGGGAUUACUCCAAGCCGCUGCCAUGGCAUGAGCCUCGUGCCAGCGUUGAGCAUCGUCUUCGGAAGCAUGUGCGUCACGAGCUCCUUGGGACUCAAGCCACUGCUGGCAACGGCAUUGAGUGGUGCUGGCGCAAUAUUCCUCGUGUGUCUGAGAUGCCAUGGCUACGUGAUCACAAGCUCGGCGAGUCGCAGGUUGUCCUGCCAGGCGCAGCAUACAUGUCGAUGGCUAUAGAAGCCCUCUCGCAAGUUCGAGAUAUGAAAUCUCAACUAAUUGCUGGAGAGCCAUUUUCUUUUGAGUUUGAGAAUGUAAAUAUUAACGCAGCGUUUGUUGUGCCCGAUGAGAGCGAUGCCGAGGCGGACAACACCGAGCUUCAUACUGUUCUGUCUCCUCGCAAAAUCUCUACCGCAAACACAUCCGGCAACUGGCAUGAGUUUUCCAUCUCUUCUUGGGUAUCUGGUGUUGCUACACUGCACUGUAUGGGUAGCAUUCAAGUGGUUGAGUCAACUAUGAAACUCAAGGACGGAUCAGUCAUGAUUUCGGACAGUGGCCAUGAAGUUUGGAGUAUGAGCCGCUGGUAUAACAAAGCAAAGGAGGAGGGACUCAAUUUUGGGCCGACGUUCCAGUCACUGACCAGCCUACACACUGACGGCAACCGAAUAUCAACGGAUUCUAUCGCAACUACGCAUCUACAGCCGCCUUCUCCAGUGGCCACCGGCAUGUUCUAUGCUAUACAUCCUAUUACCAUCGAUGCUUGCUUCCAGGCAGCCAUCAUGGGUGGGACUGCUGGUAACAUCAAUACACUGCGAGCCUACGUUCCGGUCUUUGUUUCAAGAUGUUCGAUUCAAAUUCCACAGGGCGGCUCUGCCAGCCGGGGUAAGGAAGAAGUUAGAAUUUACUCCCGCAUGGAAAAGACUGGUUUUUCGACCCGGGCGGUUGCUUUCACCCUCCGGCUGUCGGAUGGCACGCCAGCUAUCGAUAUGCCUCAUCUGAGAAUGAAUGCGUACACGGGAAAAGCCCCAGUUGAGCCUGAGACUAGCAUGCAUCCCCAGCGCCAGCCAUGUCUUCGCGUCCAAUGGAAGCCUGAUUCAGACGAUCUAAACGAUAACGGGGCUCUCAUUGUGUUCGCAGCACUACUUGAUCUCUUUGGUCACAAGGUUCCUCGCAUGAGCGUAUUGGAGCUAGGGAAAGAGUGCCAAUGGACACCUAAGGAUUGUCAGCAAAUUUUGGGCAAGGAUACUGCGUUCCCGCGAUUCAGAUUAUGGGAAGAUGGAAGGUUUGGCGACGAUAACAAGGUUGUCGUUAGCAACACUAAAACUUCUGCUCCUUACGAUGUUGUUCUAAUUCCCCAUCUUUCCGUUUCAAAGGAAAUAUGGACAAAGGCUGCAGACGAGAUUACCUUACUGGUUUCUGGCGAUGGUAUCAUCAUCACUCGCCGGUCCAAGGACGCCGUUUUCGCCCUUAAUGCUGCUGGCUUUGUGACUCUGGAACUCCAGAAUGAGACCCUCGUCGCCGUCCGUAGCCCUAAGAAAACAGGGUUAGAGACGAAGGAAGUGGUCAUUGUCAAACCCAAAGAGGACUCUCCCUUCAUCAACUCUCUGGCAAUCGCGGUGGCGACUCACUUGAAGAUGAAUGCUGGUGUUGAGUACCUAACAACAAUAACCAUUGACAACAUCGAGACGGUUAAUCUUGACGCUCAGGUUGUUUGCAUAUCGCUCUUGGAGAUGGAGCACGAAUUUCUUGCCACCAUCAGCAGCGAAGACAUGGACCGUUUCCGUAAGAUCACAGACAACGUCGGUGACCUCUUGUGGCUAACGGGAGCAAACAUGCUAUCUGCUCCCAAUCCAGAUCUUACCUUGUCCAAUGGUCUCUCCCGAGCCUUGAUGUUAGAACAGCCAGCGCUACGAUAUGCUGUUUUGGAUGUCGGAGCUGAUAUCUCCAAACCAAAUUCUCCAGGUUCCAUUUGCAACAGCAUAUCUGCAGCCUUAACUUUCCGAUAUGCCACAGAUGAUAACGAGUUCAUUCAGAAAGAUGGCAUCCUUUACGUCAGCCGCUUCGCUCCCGACAUUGAACUCAAUGCUCUGUUCAGACAGCGUAUGACUCCUGAAGCGAUGAAGUUGGUCCCUCUUGGAGAAGUCGGCCCAGCCAAGCUGUCAAUUGGGCAAGUUGGCAUGACUGAUACCAUUCACUUCCAACAACUCUCGGAGCGCAAGACGUCACCUCCGGCCGGCUUCGUGGAUGUCGAUCUCCGUGCUGUUGGCCUCAAUGCAAAGGACGUUUACGCUCUCAAUGGCCGUGCCGAAACACGAUCAGCCACAACUGCCCUAGACUUUGGGGGUAUCAUAUCGGCUACUGGGCCUGAUGUCAAGCAUCUCAAGGUGGGAGACCGUGUGGUUGGCUUUGUUCCCAAUCAUUUUGGGACGACUGAGCGAGUUACUGUGCAGGCAGUCCACAAGAUGCUACCGGAGGAGGAGUUUACAGUCUUGCCUACUCUUCUCACUGUUUACUGCACUGCUCUCGUUGCUCUCCGCGACCGAGCUCAUCUUCGCGCUGGCGAGUCCAUCUUGGUUCACUCUGGCGCCGGUGCCUUUGGUCUUGCAGCCAUCACACUGGCCAAACACAUGGGCGCCACAGUCUUUGCGACUGUCGGCUCGCAGCCGAAACGCGAAUAUCUUGUCAAAGAGAUGGGUGUGCCAACUGAAAGCAUCUUCAACUCCCGUAAUGCUUCUUUCAUGGAGGGCAUCAUGGCUGCCACUGGCGGUCGGGGUGUCAAUGUCAUUGUCAACUCCCUUGUUGGUGACUUGAUGCAUGGCUCUUGGUCUUGUAUUGCUCCUUUCGGACGCUUUGUUGAGAUCGGCAAACGCGAACUCAUCGACGCGGGGAAACUUGACAUGCGCGUCUUUUUGAAGAAUGCAACCUUCACCGCCUUUGAUCUGUCUGAGUUCUUCUACGCUGAAGACAGCUAUUACCAGGACGUUGUCUACGGCUACACUGCGGAAGUGAUUGAGAUGUACCGCGCAGGGAUCAUUAAGGCUUCUCCCAUCACAACUUUUGACGUUGCUGAGAUUGGUCACGCUUAUCGAUACUUUGGUAACAAAGAUCGAGUGGGCAAAGUUGUCAUUUCAAUGGAGAAUCCCAAGAGCCUUGUGCAAGUCGUGCCAGCAUCGUAUCAGUCCGUGUUUCAUCCUGAAAAAACCUACUUACUCGUUGGAUGUCUUGGUGGUCUCGGCCGCAGUCUCAGUCGCUGGAUGAUGGCUCGUGGUGCCCGCAAGCUCUGCUUCCUUGGGCGCUCAGGGUGUGAUAAGCCCAGUGCUUCUGAGCUGGUGAACCGCCUUCGAUAUGCCGGCGCCAGCGUCACUGUUGUCCGCGGAGAUGUGUCUAAUGAAGAUCAAGUUCGUGAAGCCGUCGCAGCUUGUGCCAAAGAGGGCCCCAUUGGCGGUGUUGUUCAAGCAGCCAUGGGCCUCAGUGAAGCUCUUUUCUCUGUCAUGACCAAUAAAGCAUGGCACACUGGUAUCCAACCCAAGUGGAGAGGUUCUUGGAAUUUGCACAAUGCUCUCGAGGGCCAUGAUGCCGAUCUGGAUUUCUUCCUUUUGACUUCAUCUAUUUCUGGUAGCUGUGGUACCGCUACAGAGAGUAACUAUUGUGCUGCCAAUGGUUUCCUUGAUUCUUUUGCCAGGUGGCGCCGUUCCCAAGGCAAGCCUGCUGUAUCGGUUGGCCUUGGUAUGAUAUCAGAGGUUGGCUAUCUUCAUGAGAAUCCUGAGAUUGAAGCCAUGCUGCUUCGUAAGGACUACGGCAUAUCUGGUCCUGGCAGCGACGCCGAGUUUACUCACGGAGUGCCCAUGGCCAUUGACUCCGCUCACAUCCUGACCGGCUUAGAGUCCUAUGGUGUGCGCAAAUUGAUGGCUCAGGGAUUCGAGGUCAACAACGGCGUCAUGGACGAGUCUCGCACCUCCAUCCUUGCUGCAUCUUUGCUCUCGGAGAAGGAUGCUAAGGAAGAGGGGAAAGGCGCUGAUGUUGGUCUGCUCCUUACCGCUGCUGAAUGGGUCAAAGGCGUUCCAGCCAACGCCCUACCUAUGCUGAUGCCCGAAGCCAGUGCCCCUACGAUGUUAGAUGCUAUCCUGCGCCUCACUAAGAAGCGCUUCAGUAACUUGAUUUUAAUGCAGCUGGAUGCGGUGGAUGAUCGCGCUCCUCUUCCAUCCUUUGGUGUUGAUAGUAUGCUUGCUGCAGAGUUUAGGACCUGGUUCUUUAACACUUUCAAGAUCGACGUACCAUUUCUUGAUAUUGUCAGCCCUCAGAAAUCUCUACAGACACUGGCGGAAUUUGUGGAGGGAAAACUGAUUGCCAGCUGGGCAAAUCAAAAGGGGUGA